CGUCUGUCAGACUUGUCAAGCCGAUAUACCUGUGCGUAGCCGAUUUAGUGUCAUUAUUAUUUGUUCUUUCGGCCUGAACACAUCAAAAUUUGUUGUCUAGUCUCAAAUUAUUUCUUUUGUUCGGUUCAAAAACUUCUACGGAUUAAUCAUGUGUUGCGGACCCUGUGGACCCUGCUGCGGACCUUGCUGCGGACCCUGCUGUGGUCCAUGCGGACCAUGCGGAGGAGGAUGUGGACCCUGCUAUGGACCGAAUGUCUGCGGACCUUGCUAUGCCUGUGGACCCUGUGGCGGCUGCUACUGUGGAUAUCCUUGCUGCUAGAUGGUGGCAGCUGGGCAGCUCCAAGGAGGGUCCACCAGAUACGAUAGGAUCGAGGCCGCCCAACUUGCAUCUGGUAUUCAUCUCAUAUUCGUGAACCACUAGGAAGUAUUUGAGACAAUAAAACGGUUUGAUUUUUGAUUAGUAACGUAACGAUGAUUACGUUGGGAUCUCCAAUGGAGGAUGAGCGGUUGCCGAGCUUUGUGCAAAAUGCAUAGCCAGAUAUGUGAUUCUAGAACGGAGAUACAGAUGCUUAGAACCAAUCGCAGUCUUCUAAUGCGAUGUGGUCGACCUUGACGUUUCGCCGAGAGUUUAUUGUCCUUUCAAUAGAACACGCUAAAUAAAACUUAUUUAGGCAGUA